UGGUCGUUGAAAACCUUCAAUCCAAAUAGGCGGCUUUGUUCAAAUGCAGUUUAAUUUACUGACUUCAUACUAGGCCUAUAUUUUACUAGAAAGAUAUGUCAUCGGCAAAAGAAGAUGACAGCAAUCCUUUUGGUUUCGGACAGAAAGCCUUUUCCACCGAUGAGUACCAGGCCAUACAGAAUGCACUCCGACAGAGACUGGGUCCUGAGUUUAUCAGUCAGCGUGUUGGAGCUGGUGGACAGAGGCUUGCAUACAUAGAAGGUUGGAGGCUGAUAAACCUAGCUAAUGAGACGUUCGGCUUCAAUGGCUGGUCGCAUGCAGUUACAAACCAGACAGUUGAUUUUGUUGAUCACUACAAUGGCAGAUUCUAUGUAGGUGUCAGUGCGUUUGUAAAAGUAAAACUCAAGGAUGGUGUUUUCCAUGAGGAUAUCGGCUAUGGUGUCAGUGAGGGCAUGAAGUCAAAAGCUCUGUCAAUAGAGAAAGCAAGAAAGGAAGCCGUUACCGAUGGUCUCAAAAGGGCGCUCAAGAGUUUUGGGAAUUCCCUUGGAAAUUGUCUCGGAGACAAGGACUACCUAAAAUGUAUCAAUAAGGCCCCUAAACCAAAUGUCCAGUCAUAUGAAAUAGCCCACAUGAAGCAUACUGAUAUAGAUGUAGACAUAAGUAAAUUGAGGAGAAGUGGACACAUGGACCAGGGCCGGAGGACAUGGGGAACAGUCACACCUAUCCACCCCCAAACGGACUCAGGCAUUGGGCCACAGUCUAUCACAAGGGAGACAACUCACAGCACCACAGGCAGUUCAAGGGAGGCAACCACACACAGUGUACCAUCCAACACGAACUCAGGGCGGUCUACAAAGUCUGAAUGGACGCCAGCUGAAUUAGUGUUUGAGGCUCCUGAAACUAGUUCCUGCCAGACAUCAUCUGUACAUCAGAUGUCAACACGGCGGGGCUCUCUACCAGCCAAUCAAAAUAAGGUGCCCCUCCUUCCUCCAAGUGGGGAGUCCCAUUGGUCAAUCAUCAGCCAAUCACAGGAGGACACUGUCUGUACAGUUAGUGGAUCCUCAGUACGGAGAUAAUAAAGAAGAUGAAAAAAUGAGGAAUGAAAGAAUACAUAGACAAAGACAGAAACAAAUAGAAUUCCAACAGAAGCUGAAGAACCAAGUUCAGCCCUCAGACCAGACAACACUUAAUAACAUAGGUCCCCCUAUGGCAGCAUCCACUCCUGCCUAUCCGUUGGGUCCGCCCAUCAGUACAUCCAGCCCGAAACCAAACAUCGGAAAGCG